CAACCUCAUGGCGGACGGGACCCAUAGUGGCCUAGAAGGACUCGCCCUCCGUCUGGGCCGCAGUCCCCAAGAAAACCUUCGUCAACAUCAUGCCAGCUGAGAUGGCUGUCCUGGUUGGCAUAGACCAGUCAAGUUUUUUCGUGAAUGGGCUGACGCUCGGGGGCCAGAAACGUUUGGUGAUCCGGGACUCACUGCUGCAGGAUGAGGAAUUUAGCAAGGAUCUUCAUACCAAGAGUACAGGUGGAGCCCCCACCUUCAGUGUCACUGUCACCAAGACCGACAAGACGCUAGUCCUGCUGAUGGGCAAAGAAGGUGUCCACGGCGGUUUGAUCAACAAGAAAUGUGAUGAAAUGGCCUCCCACCUUCGAUGUUCCCAGUACUGACCUCGUCUGUCCCUUGCCCUUCACCACUCCCCACAUCCUUGUACCCCCUUACUCCCGGUAUACACAUACACUAUUUUAUUCUGGGGGCCAUUACCCCACACCCCUUAUUGCUGCCAAAACCACAUGGGCUGAGGGACAGGGCUGGAUGGUCGGACACCUCCCCCUACCCAUCCUCUCCUGUGUGUGGUUGUAAAACUUGUUUUGUUUUGUUUUGUUUUUCCUGAAUAAAAAAGG